AUGGCAUCUUCCGACAAGGUGCCGGUCCUCCUGCUCAAGACGAGGUCAAGCCCCGGCGAUUCAUACGAGGACCUCUUCUCCGAGACGAGCGCCGCCGGAGCUUCCUUUACGCCGCAGUUUGUCCCCGUGCUGCUGCACCAAUUCCAAGAUGAGGGCAUGAAAAAGGUUUCCGAGGUACUCCGAGAGGGACGGAUUGGAAACAAGGAGCAUCACGAGUAUGGCGGCUUGAUCUUUACAUCACAGCGCGCAGUCGAGGCGUUUGUGAAGCUGGUACAGGACGGCAAGGAUGAAAACGAUAGUAUCACAAAUGACCCCCCGACCUCGUGGCCUCACCUCCAGCACAUCCCCGUCUACAGCGUCGGCCCCGCGACGACCCGCGCCCUCGCCGCCGUCCCGCAGGAUCCUCCCCUGAGCGUCUUCGGUAGCCACACGGGCAACGGAGCGACCCUCGCCCCUUAUAUCCUCUCUCACUACCGCGAAUGGCACGCCGGACGACCGUCGUUGCCUCCUGUACUGUUCCUCGUCGGCGAGACUCGACGGGACAUCAUCCCCAAGACGCUGCAGGACCCUGGGCUGCCGGACGGCGAGCGCAUCGCAGUCGACGAGACGGUCGUCUACGGAACAGGCGUCAUGGAGAGCUUCCCCAUCGACCUAGAUCGCGUGCUCUCCGAGACGCACGAUGCGCCCGCACGGUGGGUGGUGGUCUUCUCGCCGACGGGGUGCGAUAGCCUACUCCGGGUUAUGGGCGUGUUGGACCCGGAGACGGGCAAGGUGCGCGAGGGGAGCGUGCGGGAUGGCAAGACGUAUGUCGCGACGAUUGGGCCUACAACAAGAGAUCAUCUCAAGUCGUUUGGCUUUGAGCCCGAUGUGUGCGCUGAGUCACCGACGCCGCAGGGCGUAUUAGACGGGAUCCAGGAGUUUAUGACUAGGAAUCAAAGUUGA